ACUGCGAGACCAGAUCGGAGACAGAUCCAAGCAGGACUACAAAAUCACGACCCUGGUCUAAACUGGUCCGAUCUUGAUCGACUCUGUUGUGGAUUAUAUGCUGGAUUAUUUCAGGAUGACGCUGGAAGAAAUGAUGAAGAGGAACAACAAUAUCACUGAGAUGAAGACUGUGGGUUCGGCUCUGGAGGACCUACUUGUCACGGCUCAGAACCAGGACCGGCUGACGGUGGGAGUCUACGAGUCCGCCAAACUCAUGACUGUUGACCCAGACAGCGUGGUUCUGUGCGUCCUGGCUACAGACGAGGAGGACGAAGGUGACAUCGCUCUGCAGAUUCACUUCACACUACUGCAGGCAUUCUGCUGUGACAACGACAUCGACAUCCUGCGAGUGUCCGGCGCCCGGCGACUGGCUAAGGUUCUGCGGGAGGACAGAGAAGACAGCAACGGCAACGAGCCUCGAGACCUGCACUGCAUCCUGGUCACGAACCCGCCAUUGCAGUGCUCUUCUCUUCAGGAUAUCAGCAGCUUCUGUGAGGAGAGUCGCUACAGGAACCAGUGGGUACCAUUUCUACAGCUGCAGGAUCGCUGACCUGGACCUGGACCAGAAUGAGUCAGGUCCCAAGGACCGGCUUUUGUGUUUAGUGAAGCUGUCACUGAGCAGCGACGAUGAGCGACUACUGUCCAAACUGUCGUCCUGAGGUGAAGACGGAGCACAAGGUACAAACAGAACUGACCUCCGGCAGGGAGACGGUGCGGAGACCUUUUCGGCUACCUGAUUAGUGGAGGAUGAGCUGGAGUGCCACCCUCAUCCCCCCACUGGGCGCUGUGGUGGUACUGGUCCUGGUGCAUGGGUUCUGAAGGUGGAUCAGACUGUGGUUUGGGGUCUUUGGAACUGCAGAGACUAUUGACCAGGAGGUCACAUGACAUUAGCAGGCGUCAGCCUGAACUGAACCUGAUGUUGUUGUUGACAUGUCGAUUAAUUCUGAUUUAAUCUGUUCAGAUCAUCCAUGUUUUACUCAUCAAUAAAUGUUUGAAGAAUCAA